AUGUCCUACUACUUCACCAUUCUCUCCCCCACAGAUGUUCCUCUGUUUAACAUCGCCUUUGGCACCUCCAAAAGUGGUGGCGAUGGAAUUGCCCGCUUCCGAUAUCCGGAUACCGCACAAUACAUGAACCAAUUCAUCAUCCAUUCAAGUCUGGACAUUGUUGAGGAAGCCCAGUGGAUGAAUGGGAACCUGUAUCUAAAACACAUCGACACCUACCCCCCCGCCUCAGCCUACAUCUCCGCCUUCCUCGCUCCCUCCGGCGCCCGAUUUCUCCUCUUACAUCAACCCCCUCAACUCCCCUCCACUUCCUCUACCGGAAGCGGAUCUUCUUCAAUACUAGGAGCAAGCUUCUCGGCCUCUGCCCUUGGCGGUGGUAGUUCCAGUCGCGCGUCAUCUAGUUCAAUCGGGGCGAACCCAACCUCCCCGCAGACCGAGGAGGCCGUGCGCCAAUUCAUGAACGAGGUUUACGAAAAUUAUGUCAAGACCGUGAUGAGCCCAUUUUACAGGCAAGGAAUGGAGAUUAAGAGUCCCGUAUUCAGGUCAAAGGUUACGGCUGCGGGAAGAAAAUGGUUGUAA